UUCAAAUGGCCUUUUGGUAGAACUGCACCUUUGAACAUUUAGCAACUUGCGAGCGCGGUGAAACGUGUGCGCUGCGUGUUGAAUUGGUCUCGCGUCGAGUAAGAGGGGCAACGUUUGUUUUUGUUUUUUUUCCUCUCCCUCUCACUGGUGCAGUUCCUUUGCAGAAUCAAGUGGAGUACCAGGAAGUAAUCAGGAAUACAAACUCCUCAAACAAGACAAUCGUUUUGUGCACGUUUGGGCAUUUGUUUGUUUUUUACUCCAACAUUUUGACAAGGCUGGAAGCUUUUUACCAAUUUUUGGAGUUUGCAUAUCUAUGAAGUCCGAGUUUCCCCAACUUGUAUCUUCCCCAAACGUACACAUAGUUAAAUGGGCAUUUUGCAAAUGUGAAAGCAAGUCACGCGACAAUAAUGCCGUCUUUAUAACGCACGGCCCGUCAGGCUCUCCCUUUCAUUAACCGGAAAGGCCAAUGACGGCAAUGUAGCUAACGCAGCUUUAGUUUUUCUUCAUUGUCAUGUGACUUUGAAUUAGCGAGUAUCGUUUCCUUCCAACUCCGGCAGUCUUGAAUGAGGUGAGCAGUGAGUGGGUUUCCUGCAAAAGACUGCCUGCCCCCUCGACUGCUUUUCUUUGCUGCGUGCGUUUGAGUAGAUUCUAAAAUGAUUGGGUAAACGUUGAUGCCAAUUGCUACUGGCCCACAGCGCGGCAGGAAAAGGCGACUUUCGUUCUCCCCGGCUUGGCGUGGCGGUGGAACCGCUACACAAAGCGCUGUCCUGGUACGCGGGCAAACGCCUUCUUCACUUUGACGACCGAGUUCUUCUGCAACCCGUGGGACAAAUGACCCCUCUUCAAUCCGAUCUUUUGCGAUCCCGCUGCUCAUCUUUCACACGUCCCAACUAAAUCGUUGAACAGUGACGGGAUUUGCUCCGGAGCGGCUCGGAAAGCUUCCUCGGAGACGAGCGGGCCCGCUCGUUUGGAAAUCCGUCUCCUUCCUCGUUUGGGCCAGUGUUCCGGAUCGGCGAUUGCAGCUCGUUCCCGCAACCCAGCCUGGACGAAGCGCGCUGCUGCCUCUUGGGAAAGGGGCUGCACUGUCCUGGCAGAGGUUUACAGGGGUCGUGUGCGCGCCGCUCCUCGUCUGACUUGUCAGUGCCGGCGGGCCUGAAGAGAACAGGCUAGACGGAGCAAGGGAGGAGGCCGAGGACUUCAGAGCCAUCGACUCUGGGAUCCUGGCCAUGAGGUUUGAUGCCUCAAUCCACUGACCAGAAACACUGGACCUAAAUGGCGCAGCAUGACUUUGUCCCUGCCUGGCUUAACUUCUCCACACCCCAGCCUGCCAAGUCCCCUGCUGCCACCCUCGAUAAACAAGGCGAGCCCCACCACCACCACAGGGAAGGCAGAAAUGCUGUGAGCCGCCGCCGCCACAACUCUUCCGACGGCUUCUUCAACAACGGCUCCUUGCGCGCUCCAGCAGGUGAUGGGUGGCAGCAGCCCUCGCUACUUCUGAGACAUGACUCUGUGGAUUCCGGGGUGGCCAAAGGAGGGCACAGUGGCUUAGCAGGGGGCUCGUGUUGGAAGGACACACCCAGCUGGCAUGGAGCCCCGCGGGGUGCCCAGGACGCCCGCCACCACCAUCACCACCCCAAACGGGGAGGGGGCGACAGGGACAACAGGCAGGGAGGGCACCGGCAGCGCAAUGGUAACUUCCACCCCCGUAAGGGCACCUCUUACCAGGACAAGUUUCCCAAUGAAGAACGCAAAGACAAUAAGGACGACAAGCUGAAGUUUGUGGAAGAGGACUUUCCUUCCCUCAACCCUGAAACAACUGGAAAGCCGGGCGCUCCCAUGAGGCCGGUGGCUCCCCACGCCGGAGUGUGGGAAAAUCCUCCCAGUGGCAAGCAGAUGGUAUCCAAAAUGUUGGUGAUCAAGAAGGUUUCCAAGGAGGAACCCAGCGCCGCCUUCGCCAGCGCCGGCGCCUUGCCAGCCAACGGCGCGAAAGCUCCCAUCGCAGCCUCCAGCGUCUACAAGAAUCUGGUCCCAAAGCCUGCGCUAGCCCCCACCAAAAGCACCCAGUGGAAAGCCGGCGCUAGAGAGAUGUCCAAGUCUGGCCGAGAUUCCGUCUUUCCCAACCCCGCCGUCAAACCCAGCCCCCCGGUCAGUGCACCACAGCACAACACACCUAAAGAGCAUCCUCCCAGCACCACUCCUCCCAUAGACAUUGCCCCGUCGAGGCUGAAGCUGAUGCGCCGCGGCCCCGACCGCAAGAGCGAGUUCCUGCGAGCUCUGAAGGACGAGGGCACCGGCGAGCUGACGACAAGCAGCAGCCCGGGAACUUCGGGAGAGGGCGAAAGCAGCACCCCAGAGCCCAAAGCCUACAGCGAGGACGUCUGCCACGAGAACGGGCUGUCCUACUCCCUCAGCGACUCUGACACGGAACACCUGUCUAGCUCGCUGGAGGCUGAGCACAGAUUGCUGAAGGCCAUGGGAUGGCAGGAGUACCCCGAAAACGACGACAACUUCCUGCCUCUGACCGAAGACGAGCUGAGGGAGUUCCAGACAAAAACCGAGCAGCUGAAGCGGAACGGCCUGCAGAAGAACGGCGUUCUCCCCAGGCCGCGCGGCGUCACCCUCCACUUCACCCCCUGGAGGAGUGUGGCGGAGGCGCACGUGGAGGAGGGCUCCGAGUCCGAAACCAGUAGCAGCAGCCAGACGUCGGACGACGACGACGACAAUGACCGCAUCAAAUCCUAACGGGGCUUUACGGAACAAAACAAAAUAGAGAAACGACGCAACAGCCAACACAUCUCAGCAAGCCACCCGCCCUCCUUUCUCUCUCUUUUUUUUUUUUUAAGAGCACCGUUUUGAAUUUUUGAUUAUUUUUGUUGUUCUUGCACAAGGGAAAAACCAAUCAAGUCCCAGUGAAGGGGGAGGUUUCUGCGCUGCCAGACGUUGUUUUCCCUGCGUUUCCUCCUUCACUGCAGUCCUGCUCUGACCCUGAACCCGCCUCCUUUUUCUUCCUCGCUUUGUGGAACGGAAGUGUUCAUCAAGAAAAAGGGCAAUGAAUGCACACUUGAUUCUGCUUUAAACAGACUAACUCAUUUCAUUGAUGAUGCUGAUGACACAUUAUUAAUGACAUUAAUAAAAUUGGUUCCUGACAAGCUGA